AAGAGGCUGAUCUGUCUGGCCCAGACUUGGAGGAAGGCUGCUGGGCAGAAGCCUUUGGGAGAAGAGCACAGGAGUAGAAGCAUAGUCUUGGCUCUACUUUCCCUAAACAAUGCCCACUCUGUCCGUGUUCACGGAUGUGCCCCUAGCCAAGAAGCUAGAAGGCAGCUUGCUAAAGACCUACAAACAAGAUGACCACCCUAACAAGACGUUCCUGGCCUAUAAAGUCUGCAUGACUAGCGAAGGCCAACCCUGGGUGUCGUCCGUGGUACACAAGACCCGAAUGCAGAUCGCCCAGGAUCCCUCCCUGAACUAUGAGUACACGCCAGUGACGGGCAUGAAAUCAUUCAUCCAGGCCUCCCUGAACCUCCUCUUUGGAAAGAACAGCCAAGUCAUUGUGGAGAACAGGGCAGGGGGUGUGCACACUGUGGGUGACAGCGGUGCUUUCCAGCUUGGGGCCCAGUUCCUCAAAACUUGGCGUCAGGAUUCUCCAAUAGUUUACAUCAUUUCUUCUCAAAAAGAACCGCAUGGACCCAUCUUCCAGGACAUGGGCUUUACCGUUUAUGAACACACCUUCUGGGACUCCAUGCAGCUGUGCUUGGACCCCAACAUGCUCCUCAAUGUGGUGGAGCAGGCCCCGCACGGCUCUAUCUUUGUGAUUGGGAACAUUGGCAACUGCACGCUAACACAGAGUCACUGGACACAGUUGAUGAUCCUGAUGAAGAGCAAGCAGAUAUUUCCAUUUUUUGACAUUCCCUAUCAAGGUUUAUCCACCGGUGACCUGGAAGAAGAUGCUGGAUUCUUACAACACUUUGUGUCUCAAGGCUUUGAGUUCUUCUGCAGCCAGUCUCUGUCCAAGAAUUUUGGCAUUUAUGAUGAAGGAGUGGGGAUCCUCGUGGUGGUGGCACUCAACAACCAGCUCCUGCUGCACGUCCUCUCCCAGCUGAUGAACUUUGCGCAGGCCCUGUGGCUAAACCCUCCUACCACGGGUGCUCGCAUUAUCACCUCUGUCCUCUGUAACCCUGCUAUGCAGGCAGAAUGGAAACAGAGUCUGGAAGGGGUUGUAGAGAACAUCAUGAUGACCAAGGAAAAGGUGAAGGAGAAGCUCCGGCUCCUGGGAACCCCAGGCUCCUGGGAUCACAUUACUGAGCAGAAGGGGUCCCAUAGCUACCUUGGACUCAACUCCCAACAGGUGGAAUACCUGGUCAGGAAAAAGCAUAUCUAUAUCCCCAAGAAUGGUCGGAUCAACUUCACCUGUAUCAAUUCCUACAACAUAGAUUACAUCACUAAGAGCAUCAAUGAGGCUGUCCUCUUUGCAAAGGACUCAGAGGAAUAGCUUCUGAAAGUAAAUGACUCCUGAUUGAAAUAAAAGCUUUAGUCUU